UCCUUUUAGGCGGGUUUUGAUUUGUCAUUGGACUGGACAUUUUUCUUGGACUUGGCAAGCCUGGUGUCGAUUUGCGUGCUGAUUUCUAAAUUUAACGCAACUGUCGCAGCAGGGAGUUACAGCUCCUCCACAACGUGUUUCUUCUGCCUUUCUGUUUCAUUCAUUUGGAAUUAAUGCUGGAGCACCGAAAUGGAUUUUGGCGAUUUAUUUGACGAGCGAACGUUCACCUUUUCUGACUUUCAGGAGUUUACAUUUCUGCCUGGGCAUGAGCAGUGGUCAGAGCGAGUCAAGAAGCGUUUAUAUUAUGGUCUGGAAUCUGACUGCCCACUGGAUGCCCUAUCAUGUCCCAUGACAGAUAUUGCUGUUGAACUGCUUCAGAAAUCCGCCCCAAGUCCCAUAAGGAAGCUCCACAAGAAAUACGCCGCACACGUGGCUAGGGAAGCAUGUAUAUCUCCCUGCGCAAUGAUGUUGGCUUUGAUUUACAUUGAAAGACUGCGACACCGAAACCCUGAAUACCUGCAACAGAUUUCAUCCUCUGACCUUUUUUUGAUAUCGAUGAUGGUUGCCAGUAAAUAUUUGUAUGAUGAAGGUGAAGAGGAGGAGGUUUUCAAUGAUGAAUGGGGCACUGCUGCCAAGCUGGACGUUAAAACUGUGAACACCCUGGAGAUGAACUUCCUCAGUGCGAUCGAUUGGAACCUCUUCACCGAGCCCAGUGACUUCUUUAAAGUCCUCAGUCAGGUGGAAGGCAGCAUUGCAGAGCGACAGGGUAUGAAACGAGGAUGGUUCACCUACACAGAUCUUUGUGUUCUCCUGGAGCAGUCCAAUUGGAGGGAAGCCCUUUCAGCUAUCUACCAGCACUUUACCAAGGUUACCUGUUUGUUGGGUCUACUGUACUUGACUAGCAUAGCUGGUCUCCUAGCAUCUUCUGCGGUGAUCCACCAGAUUGGUCGUUUCCCCAACACCAGUCGCACUUAUUUGGGACCCAUGGAGCACACAUCCAUUCAUACACCAGCAUUUUUCCCCGAUCUCCAACUCGAAACGCCAGGCCCAACCUCGAACCUUCGCUGCUGCAUCCUGACCAACAACAGUUUGAAGCCACAUGCUACCAUUGCUCCAGAACAGCAGGGUUCUACCUCCACCUAUGGGUCCAAAGUUCUCUGUCUGUGGAGUUCCAUCCUCUCUGCUCUGUCCUACUCAAACCCCUCAUCACACAUCCAACUACAAGACUGUUUAGAUUCUGAAGUGUUCUGUCAUGGUCACAUGGACAGGAUCCCACCCAUUCAUUGCAAUGGGUGCAAUAGCUCAACUCUUUCUCCAUUGUACGCUCACCUUAAAUCACAUUGGCUCGGGUUAGCUCCAUUUAGCGAAGGCCUAAUGUUUCUAGAUCCCCAUCUUGGUUCCAUACCCCAAUUGCAAAAACAUCCAUGUUGCCCAGAUACUACUAUGCCACUUGGGAAACCACCGUCUUUCCUAGUGCCUGGCUAGACAGGGUGCUCCACAUAGAGAAGGGGCAAUGUAUCAAAAUAAAGUUUACAUACGCAGUCAAACUGUAUAACUCCCUUGGUUUUCAUUGGUUUUUUUUGUAUUGGAUCAGCUAUAUAUGUUGGUCAACCUGGUUGUGGUGGGAUAUCAGUAUGUUGGGCAGAAGGUGCUAAGGAGGUAUAUUGAAUCGUUUAUCGUUCUCUGAGAUGCAAUGAGCCCAAGCAGAAGUUUUGAAUAGUUCGCCUGGUCUUGCGCAACAUGGUGUAGAUAUACUCCGUAGGAUUGUAUUGUUAAGGAGUUCCUUCCUGUGAGAGCAUUUAUUUUCAAGUUGGGGAAUAGUUUUGAGUUUAAGCUUUGUUUUUGUUUUCUUGGCUUGAAAGACGGUAAGGUUAAAAGGGAGAGUGUUAAUUACAAGAUUUAAUUCAAGGCUGCGUAUAAAGGUUGAGAAAAUUAAGUUUUGAAAGGUUUUACAACAAAGUUUACAUGCUCAUCAGUAAUGCCAUACUUCAUCCAAAAAGCAUUUUGUUUAUAAUAAUGUGGUCAACUUAUUAUUUUUUUUUUUUUUUAAAGUUUCGCUAGUAUGGAUUUGCCAAAGUCUAAAUGAAUAUAAUUAUUUUGGUUCAUUGCUUGACAAAAACUUUGUACCAACUUACAUUUUAGGUUGAUUUUAUGCUCCUGAUAUGGACCGUAAUUAAGCGUGUGAUAUUUUAUCUAUUCAGUAGGUUGUGGACUUAAAGAACAACCUUUUACUGAUUAUUUUUUUUUUUUUUUUUUUUUUUUUGAUACCUUUGGGUACAUAUCCACCACCAUUAUUUGAUGAUUGCAUCUGAGGUCUUUCAACCUUUUUGUUUCUUUUAAAAUUGUUUGUACAUUUUGUAAAAAAAAUAAAAAAAUUAAAUGUAAAGCUGUAAUAAUAAUAAAGUUCUAAC